AUGGAGUCGCACUGGCGAGACUGCCAGUUUUGGGACUCGUCUAUACCGGGCUGGGCAAGCUCCUACGUGGUCGCCGGGAUAUGCAUAGUCUGUGCCAUCCUGGCUGGCAUGGGUCAGGUCACGCUGCCCUCGCAGCUGUUCUUGAUCUUCGCCUGCGCCACCUGCCUAGCCUUCGGCCUUGGCGGGGCGGCCUUCAUGAUGCUCCACAUGAGCCCUGGAGUGGACUUCGCGUAUAGCAUGAUAUACUACGUCUAUAGCUCCAGUGCAAAGCUCUUCGAUGGCCAGAAGCGAGGAAUGAGCCGUGCAGCCAUGACUGGAGCGGGGUGA